AGGUCACCGUUCCCUUUCCUGAACAGUUUGAUGGGGCAUCGGGCGGAUGACAGCGGGAACAGUUGUCAUCACUGGCGGAAUCCUAGCUACGGUCAUCCUCCUCUGCAUCAUCGCGGUCCUGUGCUACUGUAGGCUCCAGUAUUACUGCUGCAAGAAGAGCAGAGCCGAAGAUGCAGACGAGGAGGAGGAGGAGCACGACCUGCCUGCACACCCCACCUGUAAUGCCUGCAGCUCCCAAGCCCCGGACGGCCGCGUUGGCCUGGCGCCUCUCACCAGCGAGCCCUGCGGCCAGCCGUGCGGGGUGGCGGCCGCCCACUGCACCACCUGCUCCCCGUACAGCUCCCCCUUUUACAUAUGGACGGCUGACAUGGUACCCAACGGGGGUGGAGGCGAGAGGCUCCCCUUCGCUCCUACCUACUACAAGGAAGGGGGACCGCCACCCUUCAAGUUGGCAGCGCCCCAGAGUUACCCGGUGACGUGGCCGGGCUCUGGGCGCGAGGCCUUCACCAAUCCAAGGGCUAUUAGUACAGACGUGUGA